AUGGGAAGAUUCUUUCAAGGAGAAGUACCGAAAGAAGCUGCAAUAAAUCCAGAUGUUGUUGAUUCGAUAAUCGCAGCUGAGCUUUCAAAGUUGUCGGUUGAAGAUCGUGAAAAGGCGUACCUUGACAUCCAUGGAGUCUCUCAGCCCAAAGACGAGUCUCCUGACUUGAUACAAAGUAGUCUCAUGGAGAUGGAGACUGCAAUGAAGGAGCUUGCAAACCGAGAGGCCUAUGAUCUUGCAAAAUCCAUGGAUCCACAUUAUGUCAUGAACGAUGAGUUUCGACUGAAGUUUCUUCGAGCUGAUCUUUUCAAUGCGAAAAAGGCAGCGAUUCGACUCUGUCGUCACUUUCAGCUCAAGAUGGAUCUGUUUGGAGCCGAUAAACUAGCGCUGGAUAUUACCCAGGAUGAUCUGGGGAAAGAGGAAAUGGAUGUUCUCUACAGUGGAUAUGGAAGAAUCCUACCACAACAUGACCAGACUGGGAGGCUAGUGAACGUCCUAAUCGCUAAUCCAGACCAUCCAACUGAGGCAAUAUUACGACGAGCGUUCUAUACGGCAACGACGGUUCAGAGCGAAGACUCCGAGGCCCAAAGGAGAGGCACAGUAACUAUUGCGUACUAUCUUGGUCAUGGACCAACGUCUGGGUUCAAUUCGGAUAUUAGUUGGAAGAUGCCAAAGAUGAAUGAAGGUCUUCCCAUGCGCGUGGUGGCGAUCCACAUGUGCUACGACACAGGAGCUUGGACACCGGUUCAUUCCGUCGUCAAGCUGGCAUUCAAUACCUUUGCCAAAGUUCGGAUCCGCAUGCAUUAUGGAUCUCACAAAGAGUGUCUGGCCAGCCUACAACGCCAUGGCAUUAAGCCCUCAAUAAUUCCAAUAUCAGACAACGGCAAGCCAGCUGACUUGGAUUCCUUCCAGCAAUCGCUUCGUCGGCAACGGAAGCGAGAACGAGUGAAUAAGCCAAAGAGACUCAAAAUUUUCGUCCCCUCCGAAUACGAUGUGCUCUUGGGCAGGGGUACGCCGAUUCAGAAUUUCAUUGGGAAUAAACGACUCCGUAGUUUAGUGUUGGAUUUCCAGAAACAGUACGAAAAGGCACCAAAAGGUAUCAAGAUUGCUAUCGCACAGGAGAUUGUGCAUUUAGUGUACCAGGCAUCUGGGAUGUUUCUUAAGAGAGAUGGUGAAACUUGGAUUACCGCUAAUAACUAUACUGCGAAGGAUAAAGUCAGUGCUUUAUUUCGAACGAAUCGAUUGCAGCAAAAAUAA